AUGUAUUCUUCUCUCUUGCCCCCUCCGUUUUCUCUUGCCCCGCCGCCCGCCGUUCUUCAUCGCGAAGGCUUCAUCGGGCUCAGGGGCGACACCCUCCUGCUCCUCGACGGGAAGCCAGUAGAGGAGACGAUCUGGGCCCCGACCAGCGAGGCCCCAAGCUGCUCCCACCCCCAGGAGGAUCCUGCCUCAAAGGUGCAGAAAAGUAAAGAAGCAGUGGGCAAGCUCAUGAACCACAUGCAGGCGAAAGUCGCGCCCCAAGCCAGCAUCUCCCAGCGACGGGACAGCAGCGGUAGGCGACGAUGGAGCCCAAGGAAACCCAAGUCCGAGCCCGACGACGACGGCUACAAUGCUGGCGACGGCGACGGACUUAGACGAAGGACGAGCCCGACGUCGUCAGCUGCGGCGCGACGACGACGACGAGCUACGAACGACUAA